AUGGAUCGUUCCCAGGACCAGCCGUCAGACUGGAGCUCAGUUCAGUCCAGCUUCUCCCCACUGAUGCAGUACGCCGGCUCUGAGAAAAAACUCAACCACACCUACAGCUUCCACAGCGCUCUGAUGCUGCCAUCUACUUUCAGUUCUCCAACUGCCUCUCUCCAUCAGCCUCUGCCCUCUCCACUGCCCUCCACCCUUGGUCCAUACUCCUCCCUCAUCUCCUUCCCUUUUUUCUCCACCACCUCCUCCUCCUCCUCAACCUUUAGGCAGCCAUCCAGCUCCUCCUUUCCUUUGUCUCUUUCCAACUUUUCUUCCAAUGACUUGGCAAACCUGGAGAGCAUGCUGCUCUGGACCAUCCAUGAGCCCAGCACCAUUGCUUUGACCAUCAUGUACUGCCUGUCUUUCAUUUUGGGGUUCAUUGGGAAUUUAAUGUCGUUGCGAGUCCUCACCAGCAGGCGCAGUCGGCGGCUAGCCAGCGUCAGCGCUACACGCAGUCUCCUGGUGAACCUGGCAGUGUGUGACCUGGCUGUGGUGUGCGUGUGCAUGCCCAUCACUCUGGGAAACCAGAUCUACACUGCCUGGGUCUACGGUGACCUCUUGUGUCGAGCCGUGCCCUUUACUCAGGCCAUCUCGGUCUCAGCCAGCGUGCUAACGCUGACGGUGAUCAGCGUGAAUCGUUACUACAGUGUCCGAUCACCGCUGCGAGCUCGCUCCAUGUUUACCCGCCGCCGGAUCUUGGCAACCGUUGCUGUAGUGUGGAUAUUGUCUGCGAUGAUGUGCGCUCCAAUUGCAGUGAUGAACCAGCGACGAGAGAUCAGCUUUGAGACGUUCACCAUCUUGGUCUGUCAGGAGGCGUGGCCUCAGCAUCGCCUCAAACAAGGAUACAACGUGCUGCUGUUUGUGAUGCUCUACUGUUUGCCAGUGACCUUUAACCUCACCAUUGGGUUCCUGACCGGCAGGCGACUUUGGGGAGGGAGGAAAUCCACUUUUGCUGAUCUUGAUCCUCGCAGCCAAGCUCUUCACGCAUCACGCUUGAAGACGCGCCAGAAGAUCGCCAAGAUGGUGGUGUGUCUGGUGCUUUUGUUUGCAGUGUCCUGGUUGCCGCUUUACUUGACUGACCUCUGGAUUGACUGCCAGCAGACGCCUUCGUCAUGGCUCCUGCAGGCGCGACCAUUUGCUCAGUGGCUGGGCCUGACAAACUCUAGCCUCAACCCCAUCUGUUACUGCUUCAUUGGGGAUCUGUACCGCUCAGCGAAGGUCAUACGGACGCGAUACUACGAGAAAGUUGCUGCUCUCUUCAGCACCUCCUCAUUCACCAACUCAGCUGCAGUGGCGUCUCCUGCUGCAGUGAUUACAGACACCAAAGUGACUUCUGCUGAGCGGCACCAUAUUGCAGCUGCCGUGGCAGCAUCUGCAUCCAUGGUUACGAUUCCCCGGCUGCUGGGCUUGGCUCGAGGCCAGAGACUGGGCCAGAAGGUCGGAGACAGUUCAGACAGCCGAGCGGGAUCCGACCACAGCAUCUCGGAUUGGUGUCGGUCCAGUCCCAGUGUGUGCGACAGCACCUUGUUCCCCUGCCAGCUCAACACAUUCCAGCACUCCACACAAGGAGCAGAUUUCCUGCCAACGAGGAGACACUCUGUGAAUGAGAGCGCAGGAUCAUUACCUCUAGGAAUCAAGCCUGUGGAAAUAGACGUUCUGCCUCUGAGGAGGCAUUCGGGCGACAGAAUAUAUGGUCUGUCAGCUGAUAAGAGAGAGAUCAUUACCAUGAGCAGAGACACUUUCCCUCACACUGGGCAGCACAGAGGCAAAAUAUCACAAACCUACUCUCUGGUGGGGGACACGGAGGACGAAACAACCGACAUCACCAGUCUAUGA